AUGUACGUGGGCUAUGUGCUGGACAAGGACUCUCCCGUGUACCGCCCCGCCAGGCCCCCGAGUCUGGGCCUGGGCCCGCAAGCCUACGGGCCCCCACCCCCGGGGCCCCCGCAGUACCCCGACUUCACCGGCUACUCGCAUGUGGAACUUAGGACAGGGGUGCUGAAGGACAGGGGAGACCAGAGCUGUGACCCAGACAGAGGAAAGACCCGGACCAAAGACAAGUACCGCGUGGUCUACACCGAUCACCAGCGCCUGGAGCUGGAAAAGGAGUUCCACUACAGCCGUUAUAUCACCAUCCGGCGGAAAUCGGAGCUGGCUGCCAACCUGGGGCUAACUGAACGGCAGGUGAAGAUCUGGUUCCAAAACCGGAGGGCAAAGGAGCGCAAAGUGAACAAGAAGAAACAGCAGCAGCAGCAGCAGCAGCAGCAGCAGCCCCCACAGCCACCACUGCCAGCCCACGAAGUCACCCCCACGGCCGCUGGGCCGCCCCUGGGGGGCCUGUGCCCCAGCUCCGCUAGCCUCCUGGGCGCCUCCUCCCCAAUGCCUGUCAAGGAGGAGUAUCUGCCUUAGCCCCCCGCCCAGCCUUGUGGGCUGGGGGCCUGGGGACUCAGAUGCUGGGAAUGUGGCUCCCGUUGGGGCUCAGGAGGCCUGGUCUGAGUCCCAGCCCUGUCACUGACCUUCUGGGUCACCUUGGACAAGUCACCCACCCAGCCCCUGUGUGCCCUUGGCCAAUCUGUGCAGCGAGCUCUUUGGAUAAGGACAUUUUUCUUUUCUAGGCCUCAGGGGGAUAAAGGAACCCAGGGUGGGAGGUCUCCAUCCCUAGAGGGCUGGGUGAGGGAGUCAAGAUAAGUCCCCAUCCCUAUCUCCUUCUCCGUAGGUUCAAGGGCAGAAGGCUGCUAUAGGGACUAGACUGAUCCUGGAGAAAGGAGAUGAAGCUGAGGGAAGAUGGAAUGUUGGCCUGUGGGGAGGAAUGUGAUCAGCUCCCACCUGCCCGGUCCUGCAGCCUCGCCUCCACCUGCCCCCAUCCUAACACACCCUGAACCUCUCCAGGCUGACGCAGAGCAAAAGCCCACAGGAAUGGGCCCGAGAGGCUCUGAUGACUGUCCCCUCCGGGUUGCAGAGCCUUGUCCCCUCACUAGUAUGCUCAAUGGGGCUCCAGGGUGGGGGAGGCCCUUGGAGGGGGACAGAGGUCAGAGCCCUCCCUGCCAAGUCCCACCUCACCAGGCUGCCCCUGGGCCCUCAGAGGACUUCUCUGGACCAAGUAGAGCUCAC